GGAAGGCAGCCGCGAGUGGGAGCGGGCGGUGGGCGCGGGUGGGCGGGAAGCUGCCGCUAAUCCCCCCCCUCGCUUUCCCCGCGGGCUGGGGGCGAUGGCGCCGUGGCCACCCCCCGGCCACCCGGGGAGCUCCGUGGGCGAGCCCAGCCUCUCCGGGGGAAGUUGAGGGCUGUGCCCCCGGCGGCGAGCCGCUCCGCCGGCUGCAAGGGGGCGGGCGGCGGCGGGUGGCCGAGGAGGAGCCCGAGCACCGGCCGAGCACUUGCGGAGGAGCCGGGCACUGCGAGGGAGAGCCGGCGAGCGGGCGGAGGGGCUUCAUGGGCAGCUCACGCCAACAUGGUCCUCGCCCUCAACGGCAGCCACCUCUACGGUAACCUCCGGCCCCUGGUCCUGGAGGACCCGCGGGCGCUGAGCGGCGGCGGUAGGAUGAUCGCCGGCUCCUGGCCCCCGCGCAGCCUGGCGAAGCUCGGCCCGUCGCCCCCCCCGUCGGCGCUGCCCACGGCGAGCCCCCUCCCCGCCAACGACUCCCAGUGCGGGGAGCAGAUCCUCAGCUACGGCAACGUGGAGAAAGUUGUCAUCGGGGCCGUCCUCUCCCUCAUCACCCUGCUGACCAUCGCCGGCAACUGCCUGGUGGUCAUCUCCGUCUGCUUCGUGAAGAAGCUGCGGCAGCCCUCCAACUAUCUCAUCGUCUCGCUGGCCCUGGCCGACCUCUCGGUGGCCCUGGCCGUCAUGCCCUUCGUCAGCGUGACCGACCUCAUCGGCGGCGAGUGGAUCUUCGGGCGCCUCUUCUGCAACGUCUUCAUCGCCAUGGACGUCAUGUGCUGCACGGCCUCCAUCAUGACUCUCUGCGUGAUAAGCAUCGACAGGUACCUGGGAAUAACAAGACCUCUUACCUACCCUGUAAGGCAGAAUGGGAAGUGUAUGGCCAAAAUGAUCCUGUGUGUAUGGCUCUUAUCUGCCUCUAUCACUAUACCCCCUCUCUUCGGUUGGGCCCAAAACGUAAAUGACGAAAAGGUUUGUUUGAUCAGCCAAGACUUCGGCUACACCAUAUACUCCACAGCAGUUGCAUUUUAUAUCCCGAUGUCAGUGAUGCUUUUCAUGUACUAUCAGAUUUACAAAGCUGCCAAGAGGAGUGCUGCUAAACACAAGUUUGCUGGUUUUCCCCGGCCAGAAGAAAUGGAAGGGAUUUCUAUGAACGGAGUUAUAAAACUGCACAAAGAAUCUGAAGAAUGUACUAAUUUUUCACGACUCCUAAAGCAUGACAAGAAGAACAUUUCCAUCUUUAAAAGAGAACAGAAAGCUGCCACUACGCUUGGGAUUAUUGUUGGGGCUUUCACUGUCUGCUGGCUGCCCUUCUUCCUCCUCUCAACCGCCCGGCCCUUCAUCUGCGGUACAGCGUGCAGCUGUAUCCCACUGUGGGUGGAGAGAACAUUUCUAUGGUUGGGUUAUGCAAACUCUCUCAUUAACCCUUUUAUAUAUGCCUUCUUCAAUCGAGACCUAAGGACAACUUAUCGCAAUCUCCUGCAAUGCAGAUAUAGGAAUAUCAACCGGAAACUAUCAGCUGCAGGGAUGCAUGAGGCUCUGAAGCUUGCAGAAAAGCCAGAAUUUGUUCUGAGAAGUUCUGAUUUCUCCAGGGAAAAAGAGUCAUGACCAAAUGUGCAUCAAAGCAGCCAGAAAAAGCCAAGCCAGAACUGGAAGAAGAAAAAUGAAGAGUUGGCUUCUGAAGAACCGGAUAGAUUUAUGAAAUGUACUUCAUCUUCUUUUGAUGGGAAUGUGCUAAAAAUACUCAAUGAGCUCAAUACAUUACAUUAAAUACAUUUCUACUGGAAGCAGUCACAUCUUGUUUGUUAUGGAGAAAAGUGCUGCUAUAUACAAAUGAAAAGAGUUUUCUGCCUGAGAAAGCCAAAUCAUUUCAGCAAUAAGAGUUUGGCACACGGGGUGAGGAAACAAAAAUGCAGCUAAAACUCAAAGAUGAAGCACUGUACAGAUUUCCACCGCUUCAAACAACGUAGAAGAGCAUUGAUUUGCAUUUACCAUGCUUGUGGAUCGUAACGUUGGUAUUAAUAUUCAGGGAUCGUCGGUGAUACCGGAUGUAUUUUGUUGUACUGCAAAAAGAGGUUUUCAAGCAAAUGGUGGCUCUGUGUGUGCUUUCAGGGCUCGUGUUAAAGACAUGCUAUGCACCUGGAAUGGGAUGGAGAAAGGCAACAAUAAAAGACCGAUUUUUGUAAAAGCGUUCUGUUGUACUAAGUAAGCGGCUGUUUACUUGUUAACAUACACACAGUUUGUUCUCCUUAACCUUUUAAAAAAGUUGCCUCUACUUUACACUCUGACAAAAGUAAGGGAUAGAAUUAUAACGCGCACAUAUUACACCACAGUUAAUUUACAAAUAGAUUGCUUUAACGUAAUUUUCAUCAUCUGACAAUUUAUAAAAAUCAUUUUUCUCUCAUUUUAACUCAAAUAACUAUAAUAGGUUGGAGAAUUUCCAUAGCACUUUGGUUUUUGUCUUACCGUCUAGCCAGACUAGACUAGUAUCACAACAUUUGUUAUUUUUUAAAAAACGUAUUUAAGAAGGGUUGUUUCUGCUAAUGUUUGGUUAUAAUUAAAAUAAACCCCUUUGACUUGACAAAAAAUAAAUAGGCAAGCAUUAAUGACCAUUUGUCCCAGGGAAAAUUGAUUCAAGGAUUCAUUCCUUAGGUAUGCCUCUGAACAUUUUUUUUUUUUGAGCUUCUUGUAUUCAUUUCCCCUCAGAGUUUCCAAACUGUGUGUGGUUACACAACCCACAAUGCAGUGGGAUAUGCCAUUCCUAAAGGCUAUCUUCUUUAAAGGUACAUCUCGAUGAGCACUUGCCUUAUUUCCAUAGCUGUGUGAUUUGUGAUAAUUUAGUCCCCUACUUGCAGUUUAACCAAAACGCUGCUGGUAAAUCGUCCGCUACACUUGCCAUUACAGCUUUGAUUUCCGCUAUUUAAAUUAACAUACAAGUUCACAACAGUUACCUAAAUAAAGAGCCAGGUAUACCAGCACAAGCCAAUUCAUCGCUUGUCAGCAAGAGGUAGAGAAGGAAUGCAAAACAAUCCAUGCUAAGCCUAUAUAAAACCUAGAAGAGAGAGCCUAACUCAUCUGCUGCUCGUUAUCCUGACACCCUAAGCUCGCUCCUGUGGUUACACCGGAGCGCAGCGGAGUAGCACACCUUCAUUGUACGAGGUCAGCAAGACUCUCUUCAGUACUUCACUGGAAAAAGUAAUCACUGUAAACUCUGCAUUUAAAACAACAUGAGUCCCAUAAUUUGCUUUAUUUCCCCAAAGAGAAUGACACGGGUUAUUUUUUUACUUGGUUAGCCUUAAGUAUUUAAUGUGAAAUGGGACAGUUAUUGUCAAAGGACCAGUUCCGAUUGAAUUACAUGAGAAUACGUUCAGAGAAUCUUGACUGGAGUCAAAAUUACACUGGCAAAUAAUAGUAUAACCAGACCUAGUGAGAAAGGGAGAUGCUAAAUAUAACAGUAAAAAUCUCCAGUCUCUUUCUUCUUUUAAAAAAACUGCAAACCUUAAAAUAAAGGGCAGUGGUCAGACUCUGAAACUCAUUUUUAAGCUGUAUGGUCUCUCUUGCAUGUCCGUUUCACAAAGGAAAUGAAACAAUUUUACUUAGAUGAAUUGGACUGCCACUUCCCUUGUUCAUGAUGUUGUGUGAAAACCUUAACUUCAAGAGAAAUGGAAAAAUUACACAUCAUAUGAAUAAUUUAAAUGAUUAAAAAACCCCAACAAAUAAAAAACUCCUACCAGUGAUAAGUGUUUUUCAAAAUUCAUGUGUUUUUUUAAUGCUGUCAUUUUAAGGUUAAGUGAAAAUUUAUGCUUUAGGAGAGAUAUAACGGAUGGGAAAAGAGUCAGAAAGAGCUUUUAGCUGUUAGGGAUCUACAAUUCUAGAUAGAUAAGUGUAUACAUAUAUAUACACACGCACACGCUCACACACGUAUAAAGUUGCAGUUCUGCCUGAUAUUUUCAUCAGCAGUUUUUCAUCCAGGAGUUUUCAGACAUGUGAACACCACAAAGAACGCUGGAAACAACAGAACACUGACACAUUGUCAUGCACGAUGAAGCUCAUUUUUUUUUCCUACUGUAACUGUCAGGUCUGUCACCAAUGCACAAACCCACGCAGUAACUAGAAGAGUCACUCAAGCCUAAGUACGUAUUCAAGACUAGCAAAUAACGCAUACAAUGUUUUAGAGGAUUAGAAAAAAGUAGGGCUGAUCAAAAGAAGUCAAGAGAUUAGAUGGCCUGCUGGGAUAACGAGUUGAGCUUUCAAUAGUUUCUGUAGCCAGUAGUACAAAAACAGCACAGGGACUUGCCUUACACAGAGAUAAUCCAGGUCCCCGGGCUAUAGACAGAAGUCCAACAGAGCGAAUAACGCCAGAAACAAGGCUCAGAUUCACAGCUUGGAUCUACAGAAGAUGCCUUUCUAGCUCAGUCACCAAACCUGUGCUGGGGCGUGACAGCGACGCUUUGCGUUUUCACAGGGCUGCCUUGUGGUAGCUAUUACAACAUUUGUCAUUUUUAAUAAAUAAAAUUAAUUUUCCAGAAGUUUUGCAAAACCCUCGAUCUUUCACUAUGAGCCCCAGCCUGCCUUGUUGUCCAUAGGUGUGUUUGGGGUCAACAGUUAGCUGAGUUAUUUGGUGGAUCAGCCUGCUACCCCCUUAUUCUAUAUCUCCUGUCCUUCCCUUGUCGCCUGUUUUUUGUCCAGAUUGAUCUGUGCUUUACAAAAUUAAAGCCUUUUCUUAGCUGCUGCCUUGAUUUUAGUUUAAAGUUCUUGCUAAAUUAGCUGGCUUUAUUCAGAUGACAAAGUGAUAAAUUUGCUUCAGACCCGAGUAGAAAAUAAACACAAUGAUAAAAGAAGAAAGCUUUUCUUCUUAUUAUAAAACGCACUGUUGAAAAAGUUAUGUGAAAGCAAGAAAAUACGUUUCUAUGUAUAAUAUGAAAAGUCAGAUGCUCUUGAUAAUUUUAAUAGAUAAAAAUGAGUUUUAUAUAUUAUUUCAAGUCUGCCAAGACUUUUAAUAUGCAAAAGUUACCAGAGGAUUGAGCUGGAACUCUGUGUUUUAAGUCAUAUAUUUUUCCCUGAGAUGCAGUAAAAUAUAAAGAUGGUUAACGUAAGAGACUAUUGCCCACAAAUAGCUUACCAAGAAACACAAAUACAAGGAAACUAAGCUCUUCAAACUGUAAGUGGCCUACGCUGAAAGUGUUGAGUGUCUUAUCCCGAAAAGAAAAAAAAAAAAAAAAAAAGAAUUGCUGCCACUUGCGUUGCAAACUAGCAGACUAAUUUAGUAGAAAAGGAAAUAGGGUUCUCCAGUAUUAGGUACUGAGUUAUAUUAUGCUUUUAAAAUGUAUAAGC